UCACACACACACACACCUACGGUUAACGUCAGUUUCUUAUGGUUGCUCGAUACGGUAUAAUCACAUUUCAUCGAUAUCACCACUCGAAAGUUUUUUUUGUGAAAUUUCUAAAAAUAAUUCAAAAUCGCGAAACUUUUCUUCUCAACUCGGAAUCGGUCGGCGAAGAACAUUCAGGAACCUACAUUGGAUUAUGAGCUAGAGCCGACUUUUACUAUUCGAAUAGAUAAAAAGAAAUGACACCUGGUAUGGCGAGUAUUCCUACUGGAGUAUUGACAGAAGAUGACUCAAUAGAUCAGUUCGAAACCAGUUUACCCAACAAUCACGAGCAAAUUACACCACCUAAGCCAACUAGAGAAUACAAAAUAACAUUAGUUUGGAGAAAUAUCAUCUUAUUUUCGUAUUUACAUUUAGCUGCCCUAUACGGUGCAUAUUUAGCAUUAACGUCCGCCAAAUUAUUAACCAAUAUUUGGGCUGUUCUAUUAUUCUUCGCCAAUGGGUUAGGAGUUACCGCUGGUGCUCAUAGACUAUGGACACAUAGAUCUUACAAAGCCAAAUGGCCAUUAAGAGUGAUAUUAAUUAUAUUCAACUCGAUCGCAUUCCAGAAUCAUGUGUACGAGUGGGCCAGAGAUCACAGGGUGCAUCAUAAAUACUCGGAAACGAACGCCGAUCCGCAUAACGCGAAACGUGGAUUUUUCUUCUCCCACAUGGGCUGGCUGUUUUGUCGUAAACAUCCUGAUGUUAUCGAGAAAGGAAAAGAAAUUGAUUUGUCUGACUUGGAGCAAGACCCCAUUGUUGCAUUCCAAAAAAAAUACUAUUCAAUCAUGAUGCCACUUUUCUGCUUCAUUAUUCCUGCUGUGGUACCAGUUUACUUUUGGGGUGAAUCUUGGUUGAACGCGUGGUGUAUUCCCGCCUUAUUCCGAUACACGUUGUACUUACAUGCAACGUGGUUAGUGAACAGCGCCGCUCACAUGUGGGGAGACAAACCAUAUGACAAAUAUAUUAAUCCAUGCGAAAACAAAGCUGUCGCGUUCGCAUGUCUUGGCGAAGGAUGGCACAAUUACCAUCACGUGUUCCCAUGGGACUACAAGACGGCUGAACUAGGAGACUACAUGCUUAAUCCGUCAACUGCGUUUAUCGACUUUUUCGCUAAAAUUGGUUGGGCUUAUGAUUUGAAAACCCCAUCCGCCGAAAUGAUCAAGAAACGUGUCAACAGAACAGGCGAUGGUAGCCAUCCAGUUUGGGGCUGGGAUGAUAAAGAUAUCCCGAAACAAGACAUCGACACAGCGGUAGUCAUCAACAAGAAAGGCGAUUAAAUAAUGUAGACUUACGAAGUGCUCGCCAGUUGAAAAAAAUCGUUCCAAUUACACAUCAAUCACAUCAUGGUGGAUGGGAAAAAAUGUUUGGUCUUGAGUUUCGCUGUUACUGAAGUACAUGUGGGAGAUAUCGAGUCGAAAUGGCCCCAAAGAGAAAUAAUACAAUAUUCGAUAAAUCAUGUAUUUAUGACGAAAAUAUAAAAAUGAUAAGUACCUGCA